AUGCAGGACACCUCUCUGACCUCUAAGCCCUACAAGUUCCCGAAUCCAAGCAAGACUCGACCCGCGAUCUUACCACAGCUCGCAAUCAAGCCAUGGCUACAAGGGCAUGCACCCUCACUCGCUCUCAAGAAUUGUAAGGUUGUUGAUCCGGCCCUGGGAGCUCUGCUUGAUGGUCUUCGCACCAUCAUCAUCCAGAAGGGGAGAAUCGUUAGCAUAGAAAGCGAUGAUGCGCACAAUUUAGAGGAUAAACCAGAGGAUCUUAGGGAGGUCGAUCUCAAGGGAAAGUUUGUCUGUCCAGGAUUGAUCGAUUGCCAUGUCCAUGUUACCGCUGUUCCCGGGGUCAAGAACAUGAGCGAGCUCGUCAACAUCCCCGAUGAAUUGACUCACCUGCGUUCAACCUACGUCUUGUCUGGUAUGAUUCGGAGGGGUUUCACCACCGUUAGAGACACAGGAGGCGCGACCAAGUCGCUCGCAACUGCAAUUGACGAGGGUCUCAUCGAAGGGCCACGGCUCAUUCAGUGUGGCAAGGCGCUCUCUCAAACGGGUGGCCACGGAGAUUUCUCACCAGGGGUUUCCGGCGGAAGUGGCGUCGGUUGCUGUGGCGGACAUUCUCAGGUAUGUCUUGGACGUGUAGUUGACGGUGUGCCGAACUGUCUCAAAGCUGCCAGAGAGGAGAUCAAAGCCGGCGCAGACUUUCUCAAGAUCAUGGUCGGUGGCGGAGUAGCGUCAGAAACGGACACGAUAGAGAGCUUGCAAUAUACCGCCGAGGAGAUUAAGGCGGUCACUACCACCGCUACGCAAAUGGGCAAUAAACUGGUCACGGCUCACGCAUAUACAACUCAAGCAAUCCGACAUGCUGUCGACAACGGCUGCCGUGGCAUCGAGCAUGGUAACCUGAUGGACAAAGAUUGUGCUAUAAUGAUGGCAGCCAAGGGCAUCUACCUAACACCAACUCUCUCCUGCUAUGGCGCUAUGGCGCGUCCUCCUUUCGAAGACUUCCUCUCACCGGACGGCCAGAUAAAGAACGAACAAGUGAUGGAACACGGCCUCGAGGCGAUCAAAAUGGCGGAAGAAGCGGGUGUGACGAUUUGUUAUGGCUCCGACUUGUUGACGUCGCUGCACGCGUUGCAGACGGAAGAGUUUACGGUACGGGCGACCGUACUGGACUCGCCAACUGUCUUGAGACACGCGACCACAAAUGGGGCCAAGAUGCUGGGAAAGUCUGGUCUUUUGGGUACCAUCAGCCCAGCCGCCUACGCCGACAUACUCAUCCUGAACCGAAACCCUUUGGAGGAUAUCAAGGUGCUUGACCGACCAGAGCUCUACCUGAAGGCGGUCUUGAAGGAGGGCAAAGUGAUCUUCAGCUCAGUCGAUGGCCUAUGA